ACUAACUUCCCAGACUUAUUUUAACAGGUGGCUGUGAUAACUGCGACUCUUACAGUAAGAAAUAAUCCUAAACUGUGUAUCUAUCAUGCUAUAUUCUUUUAACCUAACCACUGUUAAUCUUAAUAGUCAAGCAGAAAAAUGCACGUAAUAUGAGAAAGGCCAUUUUGCUAUCCAAACGAACGUCGGCAUCGUCACGCGAUACAAAUGCUCCACGAAAUCCACAAGGAACGCGUCGCACUCAACCAAAAAAGAAAGGUGCAUACUACUUAAACCCCUAUAUUUCCCAGAAUAUAUAUAUAUAUAUAUAUAUAUAUAUAUUUAAUUUCCAAAAUAUAUUUUUUCAGCGUAAUGGUGUUUCUAAAAAUCAACUAAUUUCAAUUUUCAAAACUAAUUCAUUUUAACAAAUAAUUUUUUUUUAAAAAAACAAAAUUACUAAAGAAAACAAAUAAAAAACUUUUUUACGAAAAUAUAAAAAAACAAAUUUCUAACCCUCCGUUAAACUCUCAAGAUUUCAAUAAACUAUUAUUUAACAAUUCGUAAUAAACAUUUUCAGAAAAAGGUUCCACAUCCCGGCUAGAUGAAAACCAAAUCGUACCAUGCUCAAAAUGUGGUGCAUUAAUGUGGACUUCUGAAAGCACUGCUACAGACCCACGAACAGGUGAACCAACUUUCACCCUUUGCUGUAACCAUGGCCAAAUCAAGCUUCCACCGAUCAACCGGCCGCCAGCCCUGUUAGAAAAACUUCUUCAAGCCAGAUGGUUUCGAGAUACUAUCCGAGUCUAUAAUUCUGUCCUUGCUUUUACAUCCGUUGGAAUGAAAAUGGAUCAUAGUGUCGUCCACGCACCUGGUCCUUAUACUAUACGGAUCCAAGGUCAAACCCACCACAGAAUUGGCUCCCUCAUACCACGACAAGGCUGUCUCCCAGAAUAUCUCCAGCUUUACAUAUUUGACACGGCCAACGAACUCAAAAACCGCCUAAACGCGAUGGGGCAAACCUCAGCAGAAGGUAACCUCGAUGAGCCAACGUUAGCCCUCCUCAUCGAGAUGAUUGACGAGAACAAUUGUCUGGCAAAGAUCUUUCGUCGUGCACGAGACCACUACGAAAGCGUUGGGUCAGAGUUUACUAUUAGGUUAGUCCAAGAUAAAGGGAAGGGGAAGGAAUAUGAUCUUCCAACUACAAGCGAGGUGGCAGGUCUUAUCGUGGGGGAUAUAACAUCAACAAUUGGAGAACGAGAUAUAGUGGUUCAGUUUCAAUCUGACACUCUGCAGCAGAUACGUGACGAUCACCCUCUAUAUAUGAGCCUCCAAUACCCUCUUUUGUUUCCGUAUGGUGAAUACGGGUUUCACCCAGAAAUUCCCCUGCAUCUUGAGACAGGCACUUCAAGAACAAGGCAAUUCGUGACCAUCCGUCAAUACUACGCUUCUCUAAUCCAAACACGUCCUAACCAAGGAAUGACGUUGAUUAAAGGCGGUCGUCUCCUCCAUCAGUUUAUUGUGGACGUUUAUACAGCGAUUGAAGAAGACCGACUGAGGUGGGCGAGAAAUAACCAAGAAAUCUUGCGGGCUGAGCUCUACAGCAAUGUCCUUGAUGCUGUAAGUAAAGGUGACACUGAUGCUAAAAUUAUCGGCCAGAGAUUUAUACUGCCCCCAAGUUUCACCGGAGGCCCCCGGUACUUGGUUGAGAAAUACCACGAUGCUAUGGCUAUUUGCAGAGAAUUCGGCAAUCCAGAUUUGUUUAUCACAAUGACAGCCAAUCCAAACUGGAGCGAGAUUAAAGAACAUCUUCAGAAAUACGGUGGAGAUUCUCCUAAUGAUAGACCGGAUAUUGAAUGUCGGGUUUUUAAGAUGAAGCUAGAUCAACUGCUCAAGGAUUUCAAAGCAGGCACUUUUUUCAAGCCAUAUAAGGCAGCUCUCCACCGAAUAGAGUUUCAAAAAAGAGGUCUCCCUCAUGCACAUAUAUUAUUGUGGUUAGGAAAUUCUACCAGAACACCAAGUGCAGAAGAAGUGGAUGAAAUAAUUUCGGCCGAGCUCCCCAACAGAGAGAAAGACCCAGCUGCUUACGACUUAGUCACGAAACACAUGAUCCACGGUCCAUGUGGACACUUCAAUCCGAAGUCACCAUGUAUGGAAAACAAUGUGUGCACGAAAAAGUAUCCUCGGCCGAAUAACGAUAACACUUCGAUUGACAAAUCCGGGUAUGUGUUAUAUCGUCGACGCCGAAAUAAAGAUCCGGGUACAGUUAAGUCUGGAGCUGUACUAGACAACACUUUCGUCGUGCCUCAUAACAUUAACCUUCUGAAGAAGUACGAAGCUCAUAUUAAUGUUGAAUGGUGUAAUCGGACAAGCGCGGUGAAAUACUUAUUCAAGUACAUAACCAAGGGCGUUGACCGAGCAACCGCUGUUAUUGAGAAAGGAAAUACAGCAACUACAUCCGACGCCACAGGAUCCGGAGGAUCAAAGGAGAAAGUCCUAAGGCAACGCAAUGAGAUCCAAGACUACAUUGAAGCCCGAUAUUUAUCAGCUUGUGAGUCUAUGUGGCGGACUUUCGCAUUCCACAUACACAAAAGAAAGCCGUCAGUUGAAAAGCUUAUCAUUCACUUGGAAGGCGAACAUAAUAUUACGGUUAAAUCAACAGACAACCUCGGUCGGGUAAUCCACAAACCGGGUAUCGAGAAGACGAUGUUCACAGAGUGGAUGGUUUUAUGCAGAAGGUCAGCGUUUGCCCGAACACUGACAUAUGUGCAGAUUCCUGAAUAUUUUGUCUGGAACAACAGUGCUAAAGUGUGGACUGAGCGUAAGAGAGGAAAAACAAUUGGCCGAGUCGUAGCUGUCCAUCCUUCGGCAGGCGAUCGAUACUACCUGAGGGUCCUCAUUAAUAAGAUCAAGGGUCCUAGAAGUUACGACGAGCUAAAAACAUACAACGACGUUAAAUACCCGGACUUCAAAUCAGUUUGCCAAGCACGAGGCCUUUUGGACGACGAUGUUGAAUGGCUCGAGAGUAUGUCGGAGGGUGCUCGAACGGCCAGCCCAUACCAGCUUCGUGAUAUGUUUGUCACAUUCCUAAACAACUGCUUCGUCGCAAGCCCUAAAGGACUAUGGGAACACUCAUGGAAAUCAAUGAGCGAGGACAUACUUCACAAGAGGCAAAGGAUCUUAGGCCACGCGAAUCUGGAACUGGACGAUAGUACCCUGGAGCAAUACACAUUGAUAGAAGUUGAAAAGCUGAUGCGCAUGCAAGAUCGCUCCUUAAACGAUUUUAAGGAUAUGCCGAAGAUCAAUCCUGUUUUGCUCAAGGAACUGGGGAACAGUUUGUGGAACCAAGAAAUGGAUUACGAUGUUGCGGAGGAAACACUAAGACAUGACAAGCAAUACAAAUUGCUCAAUGCUGAGCAACUUGCAAUCUAUGAAUCAGUCUUAGACUCGGUUGACAAGAAAGAAGGAAAACUUUUCUUUGUAUAUGGCGCAGGGGGCACAGGAAAAACAUUCUUAUACCAGACUAUUAUAUCCAGACUUCGGUCAAGAAAACAAAUUGUUCUACCAGUGGCUUCUUCGGGAAUAGCCGCAUUGCUACUACCAAACGGGAGAACAGCUCACUCUCGCUUCAAUAUUCCAUUGAAGCUCGACGAAGAUAAGCUUUGCAACAUCAAACCAGGUACAAUGCUUGCUGAGUUAAUUGAGGAAACAGACCUCAUAAUUUGGGAUGAGGCACCGAUGACACACAAACAUGCUUUCGAAGCAUUAGACAAGUCGUUGAAGGAUAUUAUGUCUAUCAAAAAUCCACCCGCAAAGAAUCAGCCUUUUGGUGGCAAAACAGUUAUGUUAGGUGGUGAUUUCAGACAGAUCCUACCAGUCAUUCCGCAAGGUAGAAGAGCUGAUACUGUACUUGCUUCGAUAAGCCAUUCAUAUCUAUGGAAUAGCUGCCACAAGUUCUCUUUGAAAACAAAUAUGCGAGUCAAUCAGGAUGAGAAAGAGUUUUCUGAAUGGCUUCUCACAGUCGGGGAAGGUCGUCUAGAAGAAGAACAAGAAUAUGAGGGGGAUGGGUACAAUGACCAACUCAUAGAUAUCGAUGACUCAUUGAUUUGUCAGAGUUUUGUUGACCCAUUGAAAGAAGUUGUUGAUGCUGCAUAUGGACAAAUCAGCAGCCCUAUGAAUUCCAAGACUUCCUACACCGAUAAAGCUAUCCUAACACCCCGUAACGAAACCGUUGAUGAAAUCAAUGCUUAUACCAUCUCACGGACCGAAGGGGUAUCAAGAGAUUACUACAGCUCAGACAGCUUCGAGUUAUCAGAUACUACAUCAGAUCAAAAUGAUACACUAUACUCCAUUGAGUAUCUUAACUCAUUGGAAUACUCGGGUUUGCCUUCGCACAAACUUACUCUGAAAGUUGGUGCCCCAGUUAUGCUUCUCAGAAACAUAAAUCAGAAAAAAGGAUUAUGCAACGGUACUCGGAUGAUCCUAACCCACGUUGGUGAACGCGUUCUGAAGGCCGAGAUCAUCACUGGAUCCCACAUUGGAGAAGAGGUCUUGAUCCCAAGAAUUGUGCUUUUGUAUGAUGAAACGAAAUUACCGUUCACAUUACGUCGGCGGCAAUUUCCUAUCAGAUUGUGCUACGCAAUGACAAUCAACAAAAGCCAAGGCCAAAGCUUAAAAGAGGUCAUCUUAUACCUGCCUAAGCCAGUCUUUUCUCAUGGUCAACUUUACGUGGCCCUCUCCCGUGUCACAAGCAAAGCAGGAUUAACGAUCAUCAAAACUGAAGAUCCACACCAGCUGAAAGUGAAGAACAUAGUCUACAAAGAAAUCUUCAAAGGCCUUCAUCCCGAGACAUGUAAUUUAAAUAAUUUAUUCUUUACUCCAAUCUUUUCAGAAAUCUAA